AUAAUACUAAUUCCACAUCCAAUAUUAACCUGGCCGAUAAAAGAGAUGAUAUUUUCUAUGAUCCUCUGAAACACAAAACUCAAUCAGAGACCUGUUAUUCUACAAAAAGUGAAACUCGUGAAUAUAUUCGAACUCGAUGGAUAUCAGAAGACUUUCUCCCUGAAGAUCUUAAAUCGACCAAAGUUUCACAACCUUAUACAUUGUCCAAUCCAGAAUUUACUUUUAUCGAAAAGUUCUUAGAAAAAAGAGAACAGCGAAGACUAUCGCGAAAUGAUUUAUUAGUAAUGAACGCAAUGGGUCCAAAUACCAAUAUAACUAACUCUUUGCCCCCCCAAACAAUUCAACCAAUACCUACUAAUAAUUUUGAAAUACCAACUCAAUACAUGGCUUUACUAGAGUCUGAAAUCUUUA